UUUCCCAUCAUGCUUUGUACCGCAGAGGCGGAAGUGUUUCAAUUUUGUGCGCUUAUUCAAAACAACUAAACAGUGCAUCUGGGUGUUUGUGAUGUUUGAUAUUUCUAAGCGCUUUUGUGUCGCUAAGCCUAUCGGGGAUAAUGGAGCAGCAUGAAUGCCCCAACAAGGAGGUGGAUGGAGAUGGGGGCGAAUCAUCCACCACAGGUUCGCCGGAGAUGGACCGUAACCCUUCGCCUCCUCCAGAGGAAGAUGAACCCAAGGCCAGUGAGGAGGCAGACGCCAUUGGUGAGACGGUGUACAGCAAACACUGGCUCUUCAGCACCCUGACCCGCCUUAUUCAGAUGGUGUCAGAUGAAGAACAGGAACAAAGUGACGCUUCAGUGGUUUUAACAGAAGAGCUGGAAGAAGACUUGUGUAAAUUGUGGGACAUGGCUAUGGAUAAGGACGUGUCUGUUUUUCUACAAGAGUUCAAGGCUCCAGACAUUUUAUUGGGUGUAAUUGCAAAGUCACGUAAUCCACGUCUCACUGAAAUCUGUGUUGGAAUUCUGGGUAAUAUGGCUUGUUUCCAUGAUACGUGUCUAUUGCUCAGUCAGAACGCCGACCUUGGUGCUGUAUUACUGCUGUUGCUCGGUGACAAUGAUCCUCCUACAUUACUGGAAACCUGCAGGCUCCUGCUAACUUGUGUGUCUCAGCCCGAUGUCGCCCCUCUGUGGCUGGACAGAAUACAGCAGCAACCAGCAGUGUGUAACAGUCUCGGUUUCAUAAUGAGCAGUUCAACAAACGUGGAUUUGUUGGUUAAGGUCGGGGAACUGGUGGAUAAGCUCUUUGAUGAGGAUGAGGAGCUGAUGAAGAGUUGGGUGUCUGCGCCCAGCGGGAGUGACCCGAAUGAGGACGGACAGCAGGACAUCGCUUCUUCUCUGCUUGAGGCGGCGACACAGCUUAGGUCAGAGAGUCCAGAGGGACUUGAAGUGUAUCUUCAUUCACUGCAGCUUCUAACAACAGUAGAAGAGGGCAUGCAGGCCCUGGUUGGAGGAUGUGGUAACGCCAUCUGGGAGUUUUUGUGUAAGGUCGUGUGUGAGGACUUAUGUCAGCCGGAUGACCCUCCGCUCAUUUUACAUGAGCAAAAACCUCUCCUCGCCCCAGCGCUAGCGUUGUUGUCUGCGUUACACUCCGGCCUUCGCACAAAUAUAAGUGCAGAAUUAGUAGGAAGUGUUCUUCGUGUUCUGCGGUUCUAUGCUGAAUAUCGUCAGAGUCGGACGGAUGGUAAUUCAGAACCGGAAAGGAAGGACGAUAAAGAGGAAACGGAUGUACAGCUCAAAGCUUUAGUCGAAAGCACAGCUGACUUUCUCUCUAUUGUACUUAUGGAAAUACCUGAGGAUCUCUUAUCUUCAUUAGUCAAGAAGGGACAUUUGACAGAGAAAAAUUGUAUUUCUGCCGUCAGCGCUCUUCUACCGCAGUACACUUCAGUGGUACAGCACAUGGUGUCUCUGUUGUCAGAGGUGGAACCCAAACUGGCAGACAAGAUAAAGAAGGACUUUUCCAUUUCAUCUGAUACGUCAAGAUGAACCAGGCCAAACAUAACCGUCUUUUACAAUAGAUUUAGCUUUUAUUGUAAAUGGUCUACCUUUCAGUUAUUUCUUCAUUAAGUUGUUGUAUUAAGUCCAUGUUUAUAGUCUCUGAAAUUUCUAUUUGGUGAACAUUUUUAAUAAAUGUUUUGUACGUGGUUGCCAUUUUCUAACAUUAGUUGAAAUGUAUUUUAUUUUGACCUACACCAUGUUUAUGCGUGUGUACACAUACAUAUUUCCUCCUUAACGUAAAUCUUACUCGAAGCUUUCAGGCCCAUUUAAAAAAAAAAUCUCAUAAUGAUCAUAAACAUGCUCUCAUGUUUGUUUGUUUUUGCACAUUCGCCUGUCUACACUUCAGAGUUUACUGACGUCGUUACAUCAGGUGGCCCUUAAACGCGCGCCACGUCCAGCCUGUGAUGCCCCCCCCUCAUUUGCUUUCCAAAUGUCCUGUUCCUCCACGAUGGCUAGAAACGGAGAGCCUAACGCGUCCUGUUGCGCGUGACGCCAGCAGGAAUAUAACAGCUCUUUAAUUAAGAGUUGGGAUUGAUAUGUAGAGCAUGUUGCAUUCUUAUGGAAAUGCAGAGUGUAGGAGGACCUGAGAGAGACACGGGUUGCAGCUCUCCUAGGCAGGGAGGGGAAUGGAAAGAUGGCGACUAAUUUUAGCCUCGUUUGCGUGAUUAGAAACCACAGGCAUAAUGUUUUUAUUUAUUUUGAGGAGGUCUAGGACUAUAAAAUGUAGAAAAAAAUUGCUAAACGCUUUGAAGAACAUCUGGGAAUAGCUGGGAAAACCCAACAAAAAUGUUAGUGAUUAAUAUAUUUUUAGUGAUUUCCUGUUUUCUAUAUAAACACAUCCUACACAAUGUAAAGAACUGUAAAAUUUAAUCUUGAUAUCUUUAAUAUUGACUGAGUAAGGUCAUGUCAAAAAUUAAAAUGAAACUACGAUGCUCCAACAUCUCAUUAUUAGAUUUUAAGACUUUAACCGGACAGGGUCACAUCAGUGCCUAAAAAACUGUUCAUUUCAAAAGGGGCAAUAUCAAAUCUACCUUUUCCAUGUUUAAGUGCUAUAACUGGGUUCCCUGUGCUUCUGUCAACCUAGAAAACGUAGAUAAGCAACCCAAAUGGUCAUUGGCAAACUUAAGAUGGGCCUGGACAUGUGCUGGUUUAAGACAUGUGGAGGUGUACAAUUUUGUCUCUAGUGUCUUUAGACAGCUCUUUGGUCUUGGCCAUGUUAGUAGUUGGAUUCUUACUGGUUUUAUUGGGUGGACAGGUGUCUUUAUGCAGCAAACGACCUCAAACAGAUGCAUCUAAUUUAGGAUAAUAAAUGGAUUGGAGAUGGACAUUUUAAAGGCAGACUGGCUGUUUCUCAAUUCCAAGAACACAAAGAACGGACUUGCGUUCUCGUGGAGAUCGGUCUUGCUAGGUGACCUUGGAAGAACGAACUCAAAAGUUCGCGAG